AUGGCGGAGGAGGAGGAGGAGGAGGAAGAGGAGGAGGAGGACGCAGGAAAGCUCCGAGGCUCCGAGGGCACCCGGCCCGUGCGGGGCCCUUUUAGGCGCUGGGCCGGGGCCGCUCCUCCCCGUGGGGCGGAUUCCUGCGGGAUGAGCAGCGCCCGGCCCGCCGGACCCCGGCCGGACACCGGCCGGACACUGAUCGGACACCCGGGGGACACCAGAGGGAACAGGGAUGGGCACGGAUUCAGCCCCAUCUCCCAGUCCAGCCCCAUCUCCCAGUUCAACCCCACCUCCCAGUUCAGCCCCAUCUCCCAGUUCAACCCCACCUCCCAGUUCAGCCCCAUCUCCCAGUUCAGCCCCAUCUCCCAGUUCAGUCCCACCUCCCAGUCCAGCCCCAUCUCCCAGUUCAGUCCCACCUCCCAGUCCAGCCCCAUCUCCCAGUCCAGUCCCAUCUCCCAGUCCAGUCCCAUCUCCCAGUCCAGUCCCAUCUCCCAGUUCAGUCACAUGUCCCAUUUCAGUCCUAUCUCCCAGUUCAGCCUCAUCUCCCAGUCCAGCCCCAUCUCCCAGUCCAGCCCCAUCUCCCGCUCCGUGCCCAGCCCGGUGAAUGGGAGUGAGAAUUCCUGCCCGGGCAGCCCCGGGCAGCCUCAUCACGGCAAAAGAUUCCGGGAGACGCCGGCAGAGCAUCGGGCUCUAAUAAAGCCCUGCUUCCCAGAGCACAUCCCGAGAGCCCCGGGCCGGAGCCGGGGCUGUCCCCAAAUCGCCCCCCAAGGCCGGCCCGGCUCCAGCCCUGCCCGGUGCCCGCCGGUGCCCAAAGCCCCGCAGCCGGCGCUCCCCGAGCGGCGUCCGAGCCCCGGAGGUGCCGGGAGGGCGGAGGGGUCCCGGGAGCGCGGGGAGGAGCCCCCGGCACCGCGGGAGCGGAGUCCCGGGCUCGGGUCGCUGUCGCAGGUCGCGGCUGCCAUCGCGCUGCGAGGGUCGGGACUGUCCCGGCCUGCGGGGACCGGCGGUGGCCGCGUGUCCCGAGCGGCCGCGACAGCGAGUCCGGGGCCACUGUCGCCAUCCAGCCGGGGUCACCUCCGGCAGCUCCCGCAGAGCCGCUGCUCCGGCUUUCCACGCUCGUGCCCGGACGGGAUUCCCGAAUGCGCCCCCGAGCAUCGAACCCGCCCCCGUAGCCGCCAGCCAGGGGACAGGUGGCCCUGGCAGCGAGUGACAGCCAGUGCCCAUGGCCGGGGACACCGGGAUGGCCGGGAAGCCCAGACCCUCGGCCUCGCUGGUGCCCAGACCACCCAGCUCCUCGUGCAGCCCCCCUGGACACCGGCGGUGCUGUGGGACCAGGUGACACUGACCUGCCAGGGCUCGGGCACCGCCGGUGCCACCACCUGGUACAAGGACGGGCGGCGCUGGGGGCAGGAUGGACGUGACAGAUUCCUUGUCACUGAGAGUGGCACCUACACGUGUGACAGACCCAGGACAGGGUUCAGUUCCCAAGUGACAGUCUUAAAUGAGUAUCUGGUGCUGCAGGUGCCAGCACGGGCACUGCUGGAGGGGGACACGGUGACGCUGCACUGCCGGAGCUGGAAGAAAAAUUUGGUCACCUCGGUGUCCUUCUACCGCGAUAGGAAGGAACUGAGGAGGGUCGGCAGAGGGACCAAGCUGUCCCUGUCCCCUCUGAGGCUGCACCACAGCGGUCACUACAGCUGCAGGGAACAGAUGGGAAUAUCGGCGUGGGAGAACUCUGGACUUGGGGUCUCAAAUCCCCCUCCCCUCUCCUUCCCAGAGCUCUUCUCGGUGCCGGUGCUGGAGGGUCCCCCCGAGCUCACCGAGGGGUCUCCCCUCAAUCUCAGCUGCCUCAGCACCCCCAGCCCCCUGCGGCCCCCAGCCCCCCUCCUCUACAGCUUCUACCGGGAUGGGAAGAGGGUGGGGGGCCCGCAGGGGUCCCCGCAGCUCCUGGUGCCCGCCGUGGGGCUCUCCCACUCGGGGAAUUACAGCUGCCAGGUGAGCUCUGAGGAGGGGACCGUGUGGAAGAGCAGCGCCCAGCUCGGCGUCACGGUGCGCAGGGUCCCACCCUCGGGGGUGUCCCUGUCGGUUCAGCCCCCCGGAGGACAGGUGGCACUGGGGGACAGCCUGGUGAUGAGCUGCACGGUGACCAUGGGGACAGGUCCCCUGUCCUUCUCCUGGCACCGGGAGGGCUCGGGGGCAACGCUGGGCACCAGCCCCCGCCUGGAGCUGCGGCACGUUGGGGACAAUGACAGCGGCCACUACCAGUGCCGGGUCAGCGACGGUGAAAGCGUGGCCCAGAGUGUCCCCCUGAAUGUCACUGUCCUGGUGCCCGUGGCCAAUGCCACCAUCACCCCCGGUCCCCCGGCACUCCAGGUGCGCCCAGGUGACCCCGUGACCCUGCGCUGCUCGGUGCAGGUGGGCUCAGCCCCUGUCACCUUCACCUGGCUGCACAAUGGGCAGGAGCUGGCCCGGGGUCCCCUCCUGGAGCUUGGGGACGUCGAUGUGGGACAUUCGGGCACCUACCAGUGCAUGGCCACCAACCAGGUGGGACAGGACGGACACCGCGUGUUCCGGGCACUCAGCCCAGAGCUGGCCCUGGAGGUGACACCGUGGGGACACGGCGACACAGCAGUGGCCGCAGGGGUUGGCGGGUCCCUCCUGUCCCUGGUCCUGCUCGUGGGUGCCAUGGUGGGCUGGCACCGGUGCCACCGCCAGGCCCCCAGGACACCCCAGGACAGGACCCCCCCGGCUCCCCCCGAGGUGGGGGAGGUGCUCUACAGCCAGGUGGUGCCCACCAAGAGGGCAGGGGGGUCCCCAAGUGCCACCCCCGAGGGCCCCCAGGUGACGUACGCUGAGCUGCCAGGACCGCGGUGGCACCCAGGGGACAGCGGUGACUACGAGAACGUGCUGUGA